CUGAUCCCGCGAGAAACUCCAUGGAUGUUGCUAUAAAUGGAGGUCAGUCGUCCUCCUCCUCAUCAUGAUUGCAGGAGGAUUGGGGAGCUUUUUGUCACUAUCAGAAUGUUGAAAACUACUGCCUCUCCUCCACAUGCCUUGAGGCCGUCCCGUGCCUGCUACAGGCCUGCUUUCUCUCUCAGUGCAAGAAGUUCGGCUUCGUCUGUAACCUCGAACCCAAAGAAAUCUUUGAUCCGGGAGCUGCAAAGGCAACUCUCUUCCAGGAUCGACAAUGCGUCGCGGGUGCUGAAGAAUGCGCCGCACAGGCUUCUGGAUGUGAUAGUCGACUCAACCUUCAAAUUUACUGAUCAAAUUCUGCUACCAUCUGAGAGCAACUUUGCGCCGGUCGAUGAGAUCGGUGGAUCCAUAGAGAUACUCCAGAUUGAAGGAGAGAUGCCUGAAGAUUUCCCCGAGGGCGUGUACAUCAGAAAUGGUUCCAAUCCUCUCUUUGGCGCCCUCCAUUCGACUGUCUCUGUCUUUGGAGAGUCCAGUGAGAUAUGGGUUGAGGGCGAGGGCAUGCUUCAUGCCCUGUACUUCACCAAGAUCGGUUCAGCUUCUUCUUGGUCAAUCUCCUACGCCAAUCGAUAUGUUCAGUCUGAAACAUUGAAGAUCGAACAAGACCGCCAGAAACCAUGCUUCCUCCCUGCUAUCGAGGGCGACUCCGCAGCCAUCAUUGCCGCCUACAUUCUCAACUAUCUGAGGUUUGGCAAGGUGAACAAGAACAUCACCAACACAAAUGUGUUUGAACAUGCGGGUAGGGUGUACGCUGUUGCAGAGAGCCAUCAGCCCCAGGAAAUCUGCAUACAAAAUCUUGAGACAGGCAAUACCUGGGACAUUGGUGGGGAAUGGGAUCGGCCCUUCACAGCUCACCCAAAGGUGGCUCCUGGAUCAGGAGAACUUGUCAUUUUUGGCUCAGAUGCAAAGAAGCCUUUCCUAGUUGUUGGUGUUGUCUCGGAUGAUGGAACCAAACUAAAACAUAAGGUUGACCUCAAGCUGAACAGAUCUACACUUUGCCACGACAUAGGAGUUACUUUGAAGUACAACAUAAUCAUAGAUAUACCACUUACCAUUGACAUUGGUAGACUCACUGCAGGCGGGCAGCUGAUCGAAUUUGAGAAGGAAGGUUAUGCAAGAAUAGGGAUUAUGCCCCGCUAUGGUGACGCAGAGUCAGUUAUGUGGUUCGAUGUUGAACCAUUCUGCAUGUUCCAUCUUAUCAACUGCUUCGAAGACGGUGAUGAGGUUGUUGUCCAAGGCCUCCGUUCGGCAGACUCCGUCAUACCAGGGCCAAGAUUAAACAAACAAGACAUAGUCCCUGAAAGAUCCGAACUUACAGAAUAUGACAAAGCCAUGAAACAAGGAAUUAAUGACAAAUUAUUCUCUCGCUUGUUUGAAUGGAGAUUAAACCUGAAAACGAAGACGGUUUUAGGGGAAUAUUUGACUGGAACCGAGUGCUCCUUGGAAUUCCCAAUGAUCAAUAACCACUACUCAGGCGUGCGUCAUAGUUAUGGCUACGCACAAAUAGUGGAUUCUUUAACAAGAUCUGCUGGCAGUAGCGAAAAAGUACUCCCAAAGUAUGGGGGGUUUGCAAAACUAUGCCUUGAUGAGAGAGAGAAUACAGAGACAUGGGCAGAAGAUCUAAUAAAGAUGGAAAUUCAUCGGCUUAGUGAAGAUGAGUUCUGCUCUGGAGCAUCAUUCGUCCCAAGAGUUGGUGGCUCACAUGAAGAUGAUGGAUGGAUAAUUUCUUUUGUACAUAAUGAAAGAACAAAUACGUCACAGGUGCACAUUAUUGAUACCCAAAAAUUUGAAGGUGCUCCUGUUGCAAAAAUAACAUUGCCACAAAGGGUGCCCUAUGGAUUUCAUGGAACUUUCGUCCAUGACAACAUACACGGCCAUGUGAAUACCAGACUAGAAAAAAACUGGACAGCUUAAUGUUUAUAUAUUGAAUUGUGUCUUUGUAAGUAGCAAUUUUUGUAUCCAGUGAAUUGUUCAAAAUUUUAAUCUAUUUGAGUAUAUUCGUAGGUUAUCUCAUUCAUUUUAUGUAGGUUAUCUUGUACAAGUGUAUCUCGAAGCACAAAGAAGUUGCGUUCAGCUAA